UCUCCCUACUGAGGACAAGGCCCCGCCCAGCCCAGGACGAGGCCCUGCCUUCGGCUAAGGACAAGCCCCGCUGAGGUCGAAUUCUCCCACCGAGGCCCCGUCCCCGGCUGAGGACAAGGCUCCGCCCGCGCUCGGCAUCUCCUCCUCGCUGUACCCGGGCUCAAAGUAAUUUAAAUAGAAGACGUGUCCACGGGUGUUAUUUACAUAUUUGCAUCCAGGCGGGACCUAGGGAGCGGAGCCCAGGACCGCUACAAGGCUCCCACCAGCUCUAAAGGCGAGUCCCGUGAAAGGACCUCAUUUGCAUAGGGCAGGGCCUCCGGGGGAGACGGUACGGCUUCCUCUUCCCGCUGGCUUCCGUCCGCUUUCCUUCCGCGGUCGCCGGCUUUCCUUCCGGCCUCCACCUGCCUUUCUUCCGCGGGUCUCCCGGUGUCGCCAGAGACGGUUCCGGGAUGCUCCCGAGACGACGGCGAGUGCGGACCCGGUCCCUUGACGACGCAGCCGCCUCCUCCGCGCUGCCCUCGGCGCGCUUCCCCGGCGUCGCCAUCUACCUGGCCGAGCCGCGCAUGGGCCGCAGCCGCCGGGCCUUCCUCACGCGCUUGGCGCGGUCCAAAGGCUUCCGCGUCCUCGACGCCUACAGCUCUGAGGUGACACAUGUGGUGAUGGAGCAGACCUCAGCCCAGGAGGCCAUCUGUUGGCAGGAGCAUAUGACUGCUACUUCCCCAGGCAGACCCCACCCUGCUCUGCUGGACAUCAGCUGGUUCACAGAGAGCAUGGCUGCUGGGCAUCCUGUCCUUGUGGAGGUCCGGCACCGUCUGGAGGUGGCUGAACCCAGGAAGGGGCCCUCCAGCCCCACAUGGAUGCCACCCUAUGCCUGUCAGCGUCCCACACCUCUCACACAUCAUAAUACUACCCUUUCGGAGGCUCUGGAGACACUGGCGGAGGCAGCAGGCUUUGAAGGCAGUGAGGGCCGACUUCUCUCCUUCCGCAGAGCAGCCUCAGUGCUCAGGGCCCUACGCCCUGUCACAUCCCUAAGUCAGCUGCAGGGGCUGCCCCACUUUGGAAAACAUUCCUCUAGGGUGGUCCAGGAACUGCUGGAGCAUGGAGCCUGUGAGGAGGUGGAGAGAGUUUGCUGCUCAGAGAGGUACCGGACCAUGAAGCUCUUCACCCAUAUCUUUGGGGUUGGGGUGAGGACUGCUGACCGGUGGUACCAGGAAGGGCUGCGAACCCUGGAUGAGCUCCGAGAGCAGCCCCAGAGACUGACCCAGCAGCAGAAAGCAGGGCUGCAGCACCACCGGGACCUGAGCACCCCAGUUGGGCGUUCUGAUGCUGAGGCUGUGCAGCAGGUGGUGGAGGCAGCUGUGGGGCAGGCCCUGCCCGGGGCCACUGUCACGUUGACCGGCGGCUUCCGGAGGGGGAAGUUGCAGGGCCAUGAUGUGGACUUCCUCAUCACCCACCCUGAGGACGGCAAGGAGGCAGGGCUGCUACCCAGAGUGAUGCACCACCUGCAGAGCCAGGGUCUUGUUCUGUACCACCAGUAUCAGCCUAGUCGCUUAGAUGACCCCACCCGUCUGACCCAGCAAAGUCACACCAUGGAUGCCUUUGAGAGGAGUUUCUGCAUUUUCCGCCUGCCACGACCCCCAGGGGCUGCUGGGGGGGAUCCCCUGGAGCCCUACCCAGCAUGGAAAGCUGUGAGGGUAGAUCUGGUGGUUGUCCCCAGCAGCCAGUUCCCUUUUGCUCUUCUUGGCUGGACUGGUUCCCAGCUCUUCGAGCGGGAGCUGCGUCGCUUCAGCCGGAAGGAGAAGGGGCUGUGUCUGAACAGCCAUGGACUGUUUGACCCAGAACAGAAGACGUUUUUCCAUGUGGCUUCUGAGGAAGAUAUCUUCAGACACUUGGGCCUCCAGUACCUUCCCCCAGAGCAAAGGAAUGCCUGACCUACCCACUGGCCACCACCCCUGUCCAUAAGAAAGAGGGGCUGCCCUAUACUUGACCAUGGAAUGUUUCUAGGCAGAAGCCUCACCUCUGCAAGUGGAGGAGCCCUCACUGGAGUCCUCACUGGCACGGGGGCCUUCCUGCCAAGCUCACAGCUAUGUGACCCUGGGUCGUCUUUCAGCUUCUUCACACCUCAGAUCCUGCCCAGUCAUGGGCUCUGAGUGAUACUGACGUCUUGGAGCUAUGGCAGAGCUGUGGUCCUGGGACAAGCAUUCAAUCUGUGCAGUUGCAGUUGCUCUGUCUCCUGCAGAACAUGUUCCUGGCCGUGCCUGAGCUGUGAGGUGAAGGAUGUAGUUCCGGUCGGCUGUGAGGAGUCACUGAGGUGCUGAGGGGUGUGCCACAGCUCCUGCAGAGGGAGGAGGCCUGGGUUUCAGCACGGCAGUCCCCAGCCAGGCCUCCUGGUUCUGCCUCUAAGGCCUGGUCUCAGCCUUCUUCGGUCACACCUUGCCUCUUCUCACUCACAGCCCACAGCAGUUUCAAACUCAGACUGUGCACUCAGGCCGCAGGGUUCUGGCAUUUCUGCCACCCCUGCCAGAUGUGUCCCAGACCCCACAUGGACAAGUUUCUCACCUUCUUUGAGACAGAAGAACUGAAGUGGUGGACACACAGUGUCCUGUGUGUUCUUCACAUCCCCAGGCACAUUCUGGCCUCAGGGCCUUUGCCCUUGCCAUGUUGUCCACCUAGAGCCAACUCUCCUGGCCUCCUUCUGUCACCUUGUUGGGUAAGGGCUUCCCAGACCACUCAGCACAUUAAAACGUAUUUUUAAAAUUAACAUGCAGAACACUGCCUAAAGCCAUCUUGUUUUGGUUACACACACCCCCAACCCAACCCAUUUGGUUCUCAGUCCCCAUGGUUUCAUCUCUAGAAUGUCACAGAUGUGGAACCAAACUACUUGUCACCUAUUACUGGCUUCCCUAAGCAUGCCUUUGAGAUCAAGCAGGCUGUGGCACGUAUCUAGUUCAUUCCUCUUUAGUGCUCCCUGGUGCAUCCCUUCAGCUACUGAAGCAGCUUAGGUUUCCAGGGUUUGGUGAUUGCGAGUAGUUACAGCCACUUGCAUACGAGAUUUUGUGGAAACAUCCGUUCUAAUUUCUUUAGGGUAAAUAGCAAGGCACGGGGUUUCUGGGUCAUGUGGCAAGUAUAUGUUUAAGGUUAAAGGAGGAGACACAUUGGCUGGAGUGCUUGUGUCAUUCACUAGCAGUGUGAGCAACCAUGUGAGUUAAAACAUUUUCCCAGGAGGCAGGAGCUCUGUAUCCACCAGCACUUGGUAUUUUCAGUGUUUGUUUUACCUGUUCUGGUGGUCUGUAGCAGAACCUCAUGGCUAGGGUUUGGAGAUGAAAUAGCCCCCAAAACUUGUGUUGAAGGCUUGGUUCCUAGUGCACUGUUCAGAGGUGGAGCUUUUGGGAAGUGAUUGGAUCUUGAGGGCUCUCACCUCCUCAGUGCUUUAAUCCAUUAGUGGUUCAUAGUUUGAUGGUAUUAUUGGGAAGUGGUAGAAACUAGGAAGCAGGGCCUAUUUGGAGGAAGUAGGUCACAGGGGCAUUCCUUGUCUCCAGUUCCUUCCUGUCUGCUACCUACCACCAUGAGGCUCUGCUCGCUACAGGCCCAGGCUCAGAAACAAUGAACCAAAGAAACAUGGCCUGAAACCAUGAGGUACUUCAUCACAGC